AUGAGCCUCUCAGAGGUCUCAGUAGUUGAAGAUCAGCCUCGCGAUGUGAAUCGCUCAGAAAACACAGUUGAUAUCAUUACCGUCCAUGGCCUCCAAGAAGAGGCAGGCAACACCUGGAGAGAAGGAGAACGAGGGGUUGAAUGGUUGCGGACGUUGCUUCCUCUUCUUUUGAAGGACAUAAGAGUACUCUCCUACGAAUAUUCGAUCAAGAACAUCCUGGAAGCGAAGGACAAUUUUGCAAAGAAUCUCGUGUCCAAUGCUAUAACUCUGGUCCAACAGUUGUCCGCUGACCGCUACCAUCUUGAUGCAUUAGAGCGACCAAUAAUCUUCAUAUGCCAUGGCUUCGGGGGUUUGCUUGUCAAGAGAGCCUUGGUGCAUUCCGCCGCCGUACGCGCCCAUCAAACAGAACAUUUGCGGUCGAUUUAUGUCUCAACCUUUGGUAUCUUGUUUAUGGGAACUCCUCACAAAGGCUUCGACAAUGGUUUCCUCUCCACCCGAAGGCCAUUCCUAGUCGAGACCAGCAAUCAGUGCCUUCAAGACCUUUCAUAUGGUUCCGCGAUGUUGAGGGAAAUAGCUGAACAAUUUGCACCUCUGGUUAAAAAGUAUCGCAUACACAACUUUUGGGAACAAGAGCGGUCGAGCUUUGGUGGAAAGUAUACCUUUGUUGUCAACAGAGAAUCAGCGAGUCUAGAGCAUGACGAUGUUGAAGGCUGUGGCAUCCGCACAACCCAUUCCGAAAUGGUGAAAUUUAGAACUCCUCAAGAUCAGGGCUACAUUGUUGUUUCUGCAGCUCUUCGGCGUGACCGAGACCAAGCAAUUACCAUGAUAAAAUCAAGAUGGAGAGAGGAACAUCAGCUCCGGAAAUCCAGUCGAAUACAGGAAGCCAGCGAGCUUGUUGACCAAAAGUUCGAGGCUCCACGACGCACCUUGACAGCGCCCAGGCUGCCACUCCAGGGCCAAGUCAAGAACGAAUAUUUCUUCGGCGUUCGUCGGCCAGAUCCUCGGUUUACCGGCAGAACCAUGCAUGCAAAACUUGUAAGAGAUCGAUUUACUUAUCUUGACCGCCAAGCCACUGAUUCUUCGCCCAUAAUCGUGGUAAUUUGCGGACUCGGCGGCUCUGGGAAGACUCAGUUUGCUCGAAAGUUUGCUCAAGACCUGCGAAGCCAGUACUGGGGAGUAUUCUGGAUUGAUGCCAGCAGUGAGGAGAGCAUAGAUGGCACGUUUUCAUCCCUAGCUCUCGAGGCAGGCAAAGGCGGAACCUCUCUCAGUGGGGUCCACUGGUUGUCCAGAAGCAUCUUACCCUGGCUGCUCAUAAUGGACAACGCUGAUGAUCCAAGGAUUGACCUCCCAAAAUACCUCCCAUCUACUGGCAGCGGCCAUAUCUUGAUCACUACGCGCAAUCCUGGCAUCAGGGAUCUCGCAAGUGGAGGGGAGAAAGGUUGUAUCAAGCUUAGCGGUAUGGAUCCAGAAGAAGGAGUCGCCCUUCUUUUGCGAUCCGCUUAUCCUGAGGUGGCAGUUCAGACACACAAUUCUGAGAAUUUAGGACUCGCCCGAAUCUUAGCAAAGCAGUUGGGCUAUCUUGCUAUUGCCUUAGCCUACGCUGGUGCCUCCAUCCGCACUCGCUACCACACUUUAGCCGAGUACCUCCGUCGUUAUGCGGAACAUCGAGAAGCAAUCACCAAGAUUCCCAGAGCCUGUCGGGCAGGUGAAGUUGACAUCAUCGCAACGUGGGAACUGCCUUUUCAGAGAAUCGUUGCAAGUCCUGAUAUCCAAUCUCGAGAUGCGGUAGAUUUAGUGCAUAUCUGUGCAUUCCUCCAUUUCGAAACGAUUCCUGAACGGAUUUUCAAGCAGUCAUGGCACGGUCUACCGAUACCACAGUCUUCAUAUAGGUCUUGUCCGGAUUUCCUGAAAGCCGAGAAGUCAUGGACUGAGGACUACCAAGAUCGGAUUGCGUCAGCCCUUGAACUGCUGUACAAUCGCUCCAUUGUUGACCGAGACCCGGAUAAGGCCAUCUGCUCGUUGCACCCGGUUGUUCAUAGUUGGGCACAAGACCGAUUAGAGGAGGUCGAGCAAAGGAAGUGGUUGAGUUGGACCGUUUCAAUUUUAGCACACAGCAUCAGUCCUCAUCUUGAGGCUUCCGGCCGACAACAGCGGCGAGAACUUUUACCACACCUUGAUGCUUGCACUCGUCAAUUGCAGCAUCGAUUUCCAGUGUUCCCAGACAGUCUGGGAAGAGCCACAGAGAUCGAGAAAUUUGCCUGGGUAUAUGCAGAAAACGGGAUGUGGAAACAGGCCAAGAAGUUACAGAAAGCCAUAGUCGAUUGCAGAGUGAGGGCGCUUGGUCAUUCACAUGAAGCCACUUUAAAAGCUCUUAGGGCCUUGAGUCAUACUCUUUGGAAUCUUUUUGAAGUGGAGUCCGCAAUCAAGACUCAAAGAAGGGUUUUGAUGGCUAGAUGGUGGUUUCGCCCGAAGCUCCAGCAUUGGCUAUCGUGGUCUCCGUGGAAGCCGACAUAUGUCCAGUACUGCCAGUCUCUUGACGAUCUAACUCUUACACUUUGGCUUGCUGGUGAACGCGAAUGGUCAAAAUAUGUCGGUGAAAGGGCAGUGCAAGGCUUGCGAAAAAGGCUGGGCUCCGAGGACCCGCUGACUCUGAACGCGAUGUUCAACCUCGCUCGGACGUAUCUUCAUUUGGGAGAACAGUACCUUAGUCACGAUACACUUGUCAGAGUGCUCAGAAAGCGGAAACGACUCUUUGGGUUGGAUCACCCAGACACUCUCAUGGCAAGAAAUGAGCUUGGGAUGAGUUUGUGUGCUCAGAAAAAGCAUCUUAAGGCAGCCGAGAGAUUGGUCAUGAAUGUUCUCCAAGCUCGAAAACGAAUAUUAGGUGAGGAGCAUGCUUAUACCUUAUGGUCGGUCAACGAUUUAUCGAAAGUGCUUUGUGAAAGAAGGCGUGGUUUGGAAGCAGCGGAACUUCUUGAGAAUAUUGUCCCUGUCGUCGCCCGAACUCUUGGUGACGAGCAUGUUGGCAUGACCAUGACGAGAUCAAACCUGGCCCGUGCUUACGUGCUGUGUGAAAGGUGGACUGAUGCAGACAGUCUUCUUAGAGGACUGCUCAAUGUCAUCCCUUCAGGCCAUCCCGACCGCAUUAACACCAUGUCUGGACUAAUCCAUGUCGCAAUCCGCAUGGGAAAGCUGGAUGAGGCCGAGCAAGAUUGCAAAGCAUUACUCAAUUUGAUCAGCACCAAAAAGAUCCUUUCCCAAGAUAACCCGAGGACGGUAGCGAUUUAUGAGCAGCUGCUGGAGAUUUAUGGCCUCCAGAAUCGGUCUUCCGACAUCGAGACACUAAAGAAACAGGUUCCGGUAUUACAAACACCACAAACAUCACGUCGCUUCGAGAUGCAGCCCAUCCGAAGAAUUCUGAGAAGUGAGAGUGUACUUGACAAACUACAGCCCUAA